CAUCAAUACUGCAACAAAUUUAUUAAUUUAAAGUGAUUUUUUAAUAGUAGAGUGCAAUUUUUUUUGCCUUGAGCAGUUGUGAGUUUUGUGAGCUGCUUGAGAUUUCCCCAAUUUCCUCAAUUUCCCUCGAGUUAUCGAGUGAUUUAAUCUGCGUAAUUGAUUCUGAAACGCAGAAUAAUCCUAUAAUUAUGCAAUUACUUACAUACCAGACUCCAGACCUCGUUGUGCAACGGAUUAUAUCAGGAAUUUGAGGUGUGUGAGUUUUGUGAGUUUUGUGAGUUUGAGUUAUCGACUGAGAAUUAAACUUGAGCGGUAAAAUUAAUCGCCCCCUUUUGGAGGGAUCAAGUGAUUUUUUGCGGAUUUUCAAUUUGAAAAUUGUGAGAGUGAUUGUGGAGAUCGGCGGGAAUUGUGAGCUCCAGUGAUUCUCGAGUUGUGAAAAUUUUUGAUGGUGUAUGUGACUUUUUAUUUUGUUUAAUUAUUUUUUUUCUGAGGUGCGGAAGUAUUUUGAUAUUGAGGCGUCGCCUCCUACGGUUUUCUGUUUCUCAUCUCUGCAUACGUUGGAAACCAGCGGAAUGUGGCACGAGGGACAAGAAAACAACCGCAGAUGAGCCCGUGGGACCAGACUCGGGUUAUCAUCCCCAUCCAACGAUCUUCCCUCCAAAAAACCAGUGAACACGAGUUCAAAUUCACCAACGAAUCUAAAGAAAAUUCAGAAUGCCCAGCCCCCUUUCCCACCGAUUAAAUGCCAAAAUGAACGGUUCAAGAGAGACUCCCUCCCCCCCAUAGACGUGACUCUGCCAGAUUUUGCAAAAAAGAAAAGAUCGAUAAAUCCCUCGUCAAGCCCCAAGUGAUGCUAAAGCACAUACCGACGGUUCAGCCGUCCUCGAAUGGCUCUCGAAAUCACCAUCACCCUCACAACCACAGCAUCCACAACAUCCACCUUCACCAAAAUGAUUACGGUAGCCAAACCAUCUCCAGCAAUCACCAGCACUUCACAACAGGUCAGCCAACAACAGGAUCAACACGUCUACCCCGUGGGUGUCACGAUCAAUCUGGUAUAUACGACUCCCUCCAUCCACUAACGAAAAUACGAGAGCCAUCAGUCCACCGUCACCCCCUGACUCACAGUCAGCUGAGUGUCAACAAUAUCUCAAGAUUGAAUCAUUCUCACGGACUGAAUCUAUCAACCCUAUCAACAUCAAAGCACUCGAUAGACAGUGCGAGUCCAGUUGUUGGUAAUGACAUUCAUCCAUCGACAAAUCACUCAUUGCCACAUUAUCAUCAUCAUCAUCAUCUUGGUCAUGGAGUGAUGGCUCCACACCUGCAGGACAGGCCACAGGUGAACGGUGGUCUUGAUAUUUCAAGGGUAUCGAGAUUACCCAGCCAAACUACACCUUCUCCACCUGUUCCUGGUCAUCCACCUGUUCCUUUGCAGCAGAUUGCAACCAUCUCCGGAACAAGUGCUGGCCAAGUUGUACCGGUGCUAGAUAAUUCCUGGACGUCUUUCUGUCUCAAAGGAAAGGGAAGUCUCAGUAAUAAGAAUCCAGAGGAUGGUGUCAAGGAGAUGCUAACAUUUCUUGGACUGCUCUGUCUUGUCUCGUUGCUGUUGGCUAUGUUGUCGCAUAUUUUUCUGCUGAAGAUGUCACCGUUGAGUGUCACACCCAGCAGUUUGAUCAGCCCUGAGGAGUAUACCAUUGUUUAUGAAGUAACCCUGGGACUUUGUGCUUUGGCAUUGUCACUCAAUCUCUGCUGUCUUCUGGUGUGCGCCAUUCAAUUUCUCUUCGCUAUGAAACUCGUCAAGAGUUCGUACAAUCAGAGUCAUCGUACGAAUAUGUACCUGCAAAAAUCAUCACUGAGUAGGAUGUGCGCUGUCGGUGGAUUCUUCGUCAGCAUUCCAGUAUUCCUCACCGGUAUGAUACUCUACACAUUUAUUCAAUUUCACUCGACGCCAGCGAUAGUCAUGUCUGUUUUUAUUGGCCUUGGAAUUGUCUUCUGUGGUUGCGCUAUGGUACACAAUGUCUUUGUGUGGCAAAGAGAGAAGACAAACGCCAUGAAAGCGCUAGCAAGGGCGCAGUGCGAAGCAGCAGCGCAGCUGCAACGUCAACAGCAGAUGCAGCACACGCAGCUACAUGUCUCCAGCCCGCGUGGCACCUCCACCAUUCCACGUGGAAAUUGUACAACAAUGAAACACAAUUCAACUCUGCCACAUCAUUCUCGAGGAUCUCAUACCCAACCUCAGGUGCAUCAGCAGUCCCACGAUAUUCUGAGACAUGCCCAGAUGUCUCCAGCACUGCUGACCCUCUCAGCAAGUCCAGCAGCUCACAAUCACUCGAGUAUAGAUGUUCACAGGGUACCAGUGAGUCCUCCAACAACACCCGCUGGUGACAGAACCCCAACAAGUCCUGUCAACAAAUCCCACAAUCGUUCCCAGCAUCAGAUGCGUGAGGCCAGUGGUAGUGUCAGUCCUGGAAUGCCAACUGCCACUCUGGAUCUCAGCAGUGCUGCUAAUACUAAUAGUCCUCAUGAGCUCUCCACUCUCGUGUAAUUAUCAACAUUUCUGCAUUUCUCAUAGUGGUAAAAAGAGAUUAUUCCAAUUUUAAAUUUUUGGUGGGUAUCAAUGUAUCUCGAAAUAUAUUAACUUGAGGGGGAAACAGAAGACUUGUGGUCGGAUUAAUUUAAUCAGCUACCAAAAAGUUAUUUCGAGUUUCCCUCCUGAAUCGAUAGAUUUUGUGAGAUAUUUUCGGAGUUAAAAAUUCUUUCAAAAUGCCAAUAUCUCAUCUUACCACUUCCUUACUGAAUUCGCCCUGCGUAUUCUUUGAACUAACUUGCCAUUUUGUCUCUACAUUUUUUUUUUCGAAACUGCAGAACGUCUAGUCCAGAUUGAGAGAUCAUUUUUUGCAUUUACAGACCACUGAAUAGCGAUUUUACUUCGUUUUAUUUUAUCAUUCCACGUACAAAAUCAAAAUCUAUCAACUCUUUUCCUAUCAAUCACUGAUCUGUUGAUCGAUUCAUUUAACAAUUAAAUGGGAAACUGAUUUUUUU